UCUUUCCACACUCAAAAAUGGUGAUCAAGAAACUCAUAUGGAGUAUUAUCAGUGUCAUGUUCAAUUUCAUUACAGUGGCAGAAUGCAAGGGAAAGAUGGGGUUAUGUCACAAAAGAGACUUGUUGGGUCUGAAUGGUUUCAAGGCUGCAAUUCAUCUUGAUACUUCUGAAAGAUUAGAAAAAUGGGUCGGCCGCGAUUGCUGCAAAUGGAAUGGUGUUUCUUGCAAUAACAAGACUGGAAGAGUAACUGAAAUUACUCUUCCUGGUUUGAUGUCUAGUAGUGAUUUCAUCUUCCAGAGCAAAAUGGAAGGAAAUUUAUCACCUUCCAUUACACUUAUCUCAUAUUUAGAAGUCAUUGAUCUUGGUGGGCUUAUUGGUUUAACAGGAAAUAUCCCACCUUUGAUUGGAAACCGUCUUUCGGAUCUUCGUAAGCUUUAUCUGUAUGGCAACAAUCUCAGUGGUGCAUUACCAGCAAGUAUUGGUAAGCUCUCAAAACUAGAAGAACUUCAAUUGCAUGAGAACUCUUUAUCUGGGUUACUUCCUUACAGUCUUGGAAUGCUUCUAAAUCUCAAUAGACUUCUUUUACACACAAAUCGGUUUACGGGUUCAAUCCCUGAAUCUCUUACAAAAUUGUCAAACUUACAGAGUUUGGAUAUACAUGGGAAUCGUCUGACAGGACGUAUACCAGAGAAUAUAGGUGCAUUGCAAGUUCUGAAAGAACUUGAUCUUUCAAACAAUUUUCUUACUGGAAAACUACCUCAAUCUUUGUCAAAUUUAACUUCCAUUUCAGUUCUGUACCUGGACACAAAUUUACUUGAAGGAAAAAUAAACUUCCCAACAAGUUCUAGUCAAAUGAGGUCGCUAAGUUUUCUCAGACUCCAUGAUAAUCACCUAACUGGAAACAUUUCUACUACUUUCACUAAUCUAGUGUCCCUUCAAAGAUUUUCUCUAGCUAAUAAUAUGCUUGAGGGAGAAAUUCCUUCGACUUUUGGAAAUCUACUAUCAGUUACAGAGAUUUACCUCGGUGGAAACAGGUUAUCCGGUGUCAUACCUAAAUCGAUUGGAAAACUGUCAGUUCUUUUGCAUCUAAGCAUCUCUAACAACCUAAUAGAAAGUCCAUUGCCAUCAGAAAUUUCUUCCCUCAAAAAUCUUCAAACACUUGAUCUGUCGAACAAUCAUUUGAAUCUGUUAACAAUUCCUAAAUGGCUCGGAGGAAUGCCUUCACUUUCUCGGAUUUUCUUGGCUGGUUCUGGAAUCAAAGGAGAAAUCCCAGAGUUCCUACGAACAACUCCAAGUCCUAUACUCGAGCUAGACUUAUCAGCUAAUCAUCUAACCGGAAGCAUACCAACAUGGUUGGGAAGUCUCAGCAUGCUUUACUCAUUGAACCUCUCAAGGAAUGCACUGGUGUCAACACUACCUGAUUCAUUCACAAAGUUGCAGGACUUGGGUGUGCUAGAUCUUCACUCGAAUCAGCUUUCUGGACCUGUUAGUAAGAUCUUCAAUAUAGAAAGCAGGUUUGACGGUGGAUCACUUUUAUAUAUCGACCUUUCUACAAACAGUUUCUCAGGUGGCAUCGAGGAAAUGGCGGUAGGAAAGCAAAAACAAAUCAGCUACCUUAACUUAUCUCAUAAUCAUCUGACGGGCAGAUUACCAUCUUCAAUUGGAAAAUUAGAAGCCAUGAAGACUUUGGAUGUGAGCUACAAUGGGUUAGGCUUCAACUUGCCAGGGUCACUAGCUAAUGUAAGUUCAUUAGAGACACUGAAGCUUCAAGAAAACAAAUUUACAGGUGAAAUACCAACAGGGUUCCUGAAGUUGAGAAACCUGAAGGAAUUAGAUAUAUCAGAUAAUCUUCUAGUUGGAAGAAUACCUGUCGGCAAACCUAUGAGUGACUUUCCAAAGAGUUCAUAUUCUGGAAAUAAAGGGUUGUGUGGAAAGCCACUUUUCCCAUGCAAGUUUUGAGUUCUAAGUUUUUCUAAGAUUACUGUAAUAUUAGAAUAGCCAAGUUUUCUUUGUUUUGGCCAGAUGUUCAUGUAUACACUCAAAAAAUUUACAUGGAAGUUUUUUACAUUCAAAA